GAAUUAUUCAAGGAGUCUCGCGAGCUGUUGCGACAGAGUUCAGCUGUUUUAAACACCGAAGACUUCAAGGUGCCACAAUGGAGCUGUCAAAUUAAACACCAGGAAGUGAUCUUUAACAGGCCUCUGUAGGAAUGGAGAACGGAGGCUCAUUGAUGGACAUGCUAGACUAUGGAGAGGCAUUGUGGGAGAACGCAGAGAAGAACAGGUGCAUCCUGUGCCGUUUCAUCAACCCCAACAAAAUGACUUCAUACCUGCGGCAAUGCAAAGUCAUCGAUGAGCAGGAUGAAGAUGAAGUGCUGAACUCUCGUCUGCUCGAGUCAAAACCCAACCGAGCAGGUCGGCUGCUUGAUAUCCUGCACACAAAGGGGGAGCGUGGCUAUGUGGUGUUUUUAGAGAGUCUGGAGUUGUACUACCCUGACCUUUACAAACUCAUCACAGGGAAGGAGCCGACUCGCAGAUGCUCUAGUAUAGUUGUGGAAGAGGGGCAGGAAGGGCUCAUUCAGUUUUUAAUGAAUGAGGUCAUAAAGCUGCAGCACCAGUCCAAGGCUAAAGAUGUGCAACGAGUUGACUUCAUGACCAAAUGCCGCACGCUAGAAGACGAGCAAAAGAAGCUUCGGCUGGCCAACAAGGAGCUGCUUACUUUCCAGGAGCGCUACAAUAAGAUGAAAGAAGAGCGCAAUAACUAUAAUGAUGAACUCAUCAAGGUGAAGGAUGACAACUAUCAGCUGGCUAUGCGGUAUGCCCAGCUCAGCGAGGAGAAGAACAUGGCAGUUAUGAGGAGCCGAGACCUGCAGCUAGAGAUUGACCAGCUAAAACACAAACUCAACAAGUUGGAGGAGGAGUGUAAAAUGGAGAGGAGACAGUCUUUGAAAUUGAAGAAUGACAUUGAGAACCGACCUCGGAAGGAGCAGAUAUUUGAGCUGGAGCGUGAGAAUGAGGUCUUGAAGAUCAAACUCCAGGAGUUGCAGUCCAUCAUACAGCCGGGACCUCUACCUGAUUCAGACAAGGCCAUUCUGGAUAUCCUGGAGCAUGAUCGACAGGAAGCUCUGGAGGAUCGUCAGGAGCUCGUCAACAGACUCUAUAACCUGCAUGAGGAGGUUCGACAGGCUGAGGAGCUCAGGGACAAGUAUCUGGAAGAGAAGGAAGACCUUGAAUUAAAGUGCUCCACUUUGGUGAAGGACUGUGACAUGUACAAGAACCGCAUGAAUACCAUCAUGGUUCAGCUUGAAGAGGUGGAACGUGAGCGAGACCAGGCUUUCAAGUCAAGAGAUGAUGCCCAACAUCUUGCUUCUCAGUGUCUGAUUGAUAAAGACAAGUACCGCAAACAAAUAAGGGAGUUGGAAGAAAAGAGUGAUGAACUUCAAAUUGAGACUGUACGUAAAGAAGCCAAGAUUGUCAACUUGGAGUGCAAACUGAGACGGAUGUCAAAGGAAAAUGGUCUGGAUCAGAGUUUGCCACGAGACAUUACUCCACAAAUUAUAGCUCAGCAAUUUGGCCCGCCUGACCCAAAUACAGGAGGACCUUCUGAAGACUCUGGAGAAGAAACUGUUGAUGACCAAGAACAGAGGUUGAAACGCAGACAUAACCUCAAGGCCAGGGUUGGCAGACCAAAAUCUCCAGCUAUUGGACCCAAAAGUCUGCAGUUCCAAGCCAUGCCAUUCACCAAUGGAGAUCUGUCUGAACUGGCAGCCGCUGACAGCACAAGUCCUACCAAUGCCAACUUAAUGAAUACUCCUAUCAUACCCACUCCUACUGUUGGAGAGAUCUACAGUAAAAAUCUGCGUUACCGUAAUGACAGCAUCUUGUCCACCAUGCCCGAACCUCCAGACCAGCAAUCCAUUGUCAGGAGGAUAAAGGAGAACCCAAACUCUCAGUACAAGUGUAUUCCCUUUUCAGAUACUGCAGAUACUGACAGUGGAGACAAUGCAGAUAUGGAUGACCAUGACAUAGAUAUUUCCUCUUACGGGCCUUCAUCCAUUCACUCAUCUUCAUCUUCCCACCAGUCUGAGACAAUGGACACAUAUGAUCUGGAGCAAGUCAAUAACAUCUUCAGGAAAUUCUCUUUGGAGAGACCGUUCCGUCCUUCACUGACCUCAGUCCCUCCUCGCAGCUUGUUGCGGACAGUGCAGAGCCUUACUCUGUCAGGAGAAAACCUUUUAUCAGAAAUCACUCUGAUUGGUGGAAAUGAUAGUGGCAUUUUUGUGUCCUCUGUCCAGUCCGGUUCUAAUGCAGAGCGAGCCGGAGUUAUAGUUGGACACCAUCUCUUGAUGCUGGAGGGCAGUGUCCGUGGAGAAGCCCAGAGCUUGGCUUUAGACACAUGCACCAAGGAGGAAGCUCACUGGACCCUGCAGAGAUGUUCUGGACAGGUGCAUCUCCACUACAAGUCCAACUAUGACAGCUACAGACAGCUGCUGAAAGACAUUGAAGAUGGCACUGUGGUAUCUGGAGACUCCUUCUACAUACGUCUCAAUCUAAACAUCUCCAGCCAAUCAGACAACUGCUCAUUGAAUGUGAGAUGUGAUGAGGUUCUCCACGUGCUGGACACCAUGCACCAGGGCAAGUGCGAGUGGCUGUGCGCUCGUGUGGAUGCUUUUACAGACAAGGACCUGGAGAGAGGCACUAUACCGAGCUAUUCCAGAGCCCAGCAGCUCCUCUUGGUGAAGAUUCAGAAGCUGAUGUGCAGAGGAAGUCGAGAGGAAGCCGACACUCUGCGAGGGCUCCGGAACACUCUACAACCUGAGGAACCCACACCAUCCCCAGACCCCAAGUCCAGCCCACGCCUGUCCAGAGCCAGUAUCUUCAUCUGUCAGAUAUUACAGUUUGUCAGCAGAGUGGAUAACAAGUACAAGAGGAUGAACAGCAAUGAGCGUGUCCGCAUUGUCAAUGGAGGGAAUCCAUCAUCAGUCUCUAGACCAGGCUUUGAAACAUUGAGGCCUGAGGAUUCAUCUGACCCAGAGAGUGACUUAAAUAAGAGCUUGAACCUGAUUCCAUAUAGUCUGGUGACUCCUCAUCAAUGCCAAAACAAAAGGCCUGUCCUCUUCACCCCCAGUGUCCUGGCCAAGACCAUUGUCCAGAAGUUCCUUAAUCUUGGAGGGGCUAUGGAAUUCAAUAUCUGCAAACCAGACAUUCUAACAAAAGAUGAAUUCCUCAUGAAACAGAAGAUAGAGCCCAUCAUUUAUUCCAAAGAAAAGCAGGGAGGCACAUAUGAAUGCAUCACCCCAGAAAAUAUCGAAGCAGUUGCCUUCAAGAAAAAGCACUGUCUACUGGAAGCUGAUCUGAAUUGUGUGAAAGACCUGCUGAGAAGAGAGAUAUACCCCAUCGUGAUUUUCAUCAAAAUCUGUGAAAGGAACAUAAAAAAAUUAAGAAGGUUGCCUCUCAAGGUGGACUCUGAGGAGGAGUUUUUAAAGAUGUGCCGCUCCAAAGAGAAGGAGCUCGAGACUCUGCCAUGCUUGUAUGCCAACGUGGAGCCGGACUCUUGGGGUGGGGUGGAGGACCUCCUUAAAAUCAUCAAGGACAAGAUUUUUGAAGAGCAAAAGAAGACGGUUUGGGUGGAGCAGGAUCUACUCUAGGUGACCUAUUGUAACCUAACCAUGAGAGCAGAUAAGGAUACGGCUCACAUGCGGCUUAUGGCAUGUCUGCACACCUAAAAUCUGUCUGUUUCCAGUUCGGGGGUGGUAUGUAUGCAGCACAGGCAUGUGUACAGGAAGUGACUCUGUCAAAGGCCGUAGCGUGGUAUUGUGUGUUUCUCUUGCAGUAAAAAGAAGAAAAACGUGGACAAGGAAUUCUUGAGGUAUUCAUAGUAAGCAGUGGAAAUGUUCUCACCCCAAAGCUUCUUAUCUAUUAUUCUCCUGAAGCGAAGCUGUUGUCAAUAAAACAUUAUCCUGCCCACUCGCCGCCUGUAAAACUCAAUAGAGAACUGCCCAAUGCAUUGUGCUUCAGUUGUGACCACAAACAAAAUGUAUGUGUAUAUAGCUGUAAAUUAAAUCUGAUGCCUUUAUUAUUGCAGUAGCCAUGUGUUUUUAUCUUUUGAAGGCACGUUACAUAGAUUCAUUAAUUAAUUUGUUACUUAUAUAUUUAUUUUUACAUGAGCCCACCGUAUGUCAGCUGAAAUGUGUUUUCUCAAAUGUUAUGGUUAGCUUUAAUAUGGAUAACACAAGUGUGGCUUAUCUCUUUGCCUGUUUCAGCUAUUACUUUUGUAUGUGCCAAGAUUUUGAGCAUUGCUUACUCUAGUACAAAGGCAUUAACUAUGUUUGUUUUUACAUUUUGAGCUCAUAACUGUAAUUAGCAUCUUGUGAAGCUAUUUUUUACAGGUAUGUCAGCAUUAUCUUUUAGUCCUUUGGUAAUUUAUGUUUAAGUUGUCAUUGAUUGUUCUAAAAACUACCACCAGACAUCCUUGGUAUGUUCUGCCCUAAAGUGGGAACUCAUUUUGUCUAGAUAUUAUCGUACAAAUGGUCUUUAUGUGUGAGAGCUAUUUCUGGUGCAUAACAUAAUGUUCUUAUCUAAGUACACUUUUUGUAGAUGAAGAUCUAGUACACUGCUUGGCAUUCAAACAUGAAAUGAAUGGUUUAUAGGUAGUUGACUACAUGUACAUGAUUUUUUAAUUUUUUUCAACAUCAAGAUUUUAGGUUAAAAAAUGUAUAUGAAUGUAUGGGAGAUCCUAUCGCAACUUGUCAAGAAAAUCUCCUGGUCCUAUUUUACUCCAAAAUCAAAGAAAGAAACAAGAAAUUAUAUAUUUUAUAAAGACAAUAGGCCUGAAAUGAUUAGUCAACGUUAUCGACAAUUUUCUUGUCGAAUAGUCGUUUGUUGUCAUUUAGCGUAACACGAGACCACAUUAAACUGUAAUGAUGAUGCGUGAGAGCAGCACUGCAGCUCGCGCCUGAAUGAGGAGAGGAAGAAAACAGCUCACAGUCCAGAUGCACUCUAAACUUUCCAAACAUCUUCAGGUGAUGUAGAUCGCGAAAAUACAAAACAAGUAAAUACAUUCGUUGUGUAAUAAGCGGAGCCGGAGCUCUUUAAAGGAAACACCCCGGCGUUACAUUUUAAAUGCAGUUAUAUUUAAUGCGUUAUAGCUUCAUUAAAGUUCACAUAAUACGGAAGAGGAUCAUGUAAAUAACUACAAACUCUUUUCACAGGCAUUUCUCUGUGCGGUCAGCGCCUCUUCUAUGAGUUGCGUGAAGUGUCCCGAUCUAAGGGGGAGAGAUUGAAAUUGCACCUGGCUGAUGCACAAUCUGUCGUGGGGACGCUAAUCCCUCGAGCGCGCAGUUGCUGCAGCUAGAUUAUAAUGUGAUGGUUCGUGACUUAUUGAAUCAUAAUAUAUUUGUCACUGUACAUUUCUUAUCGUGAAUAAAAUUGGCAAUACGCAGCUUUAUUAAUAAGAGAGAGUUCGUUUUUUGUGUGAGUUAAAGAUGGAUUGAAGUGAACAGAAAUGUGAGAGAGGGUAGUCUUUGCCCCAUUAUAAGCUGCAACAAAAUACAUUUUUGAUUUGUUUUUGUUUUGGCUUGUUUUCCAAUAUAAAUAUCUUAAACUCCUUUAAAACAACGUACAUUUUCUUUAGCAGCUAUACUGCAGAAUACAUUUUUUUUUUUAUCUGAGAAUGUUAUAUUAAAAAAUAUUAUGAAUUUAAUAUUAAACAUUUUAAUAUUUUAAAAUAUCUAAAAAUCCUUUUAAAAAAGAUGCAUUUACCUGAGAAGCAGCAUAUAAGAUAUUUGAACUUACUUUUAGAGAAUAGAUCUUGAAUAUAAGUAUAUUUUGUCUUUACUGCACUCGCUGAAGUAUAACCAAGUGAAAAAAUACACUUAUAUUUCUCUUAAAGCAAGUCUAAAUAUCUUAUAUGUUGCUUCUCAAGUAAAUGUAUCUUGUUUUAAGGAUUUUUAGACAAUUUUAAAUUUUAAAACACUUGAUAACAAUAGGAUUUUUUUGCAGUGAAUUUCUUUACUGAAUUAAACUUAAUAAAAUGUAUUUUUGGAGCCUGGGUAGCUCAGCAAGUAAAGACGCUGACUACCACACCUGGAGUCGCAAGUUCGAAUCCAGGGCGUGCUGAGUGACUCCAGUCAAGCUUCCUAAGCAACCAAUUGGCCUGGUUGCUUGGGAGGGUAGAGUCCCAUGGGGUAAACUCCUCGUGGUCACUAUAAUGUGUGGUUCUCGCUCUCGUUGGGGCGCGUGAUGAGUUGUGUGUAGAUGCCGCGUAGAAUAGCGUGAUGCCUUCACGUGCGCUAGGUCUCCGCGGUAACUUGCUCAACAAGCCACAUGAUAAGAUGCACGGAUUGACUGUCUCAGACGUGGAGGCAACUGAGAUUCAUCCUCUGCCACCCGGAUUGAGGCGAGUCACUACACCACCACGAUGAAUUAGAGUGCAUUGGGAAUUGGGCAUUCCAAAUUGGGGAGAAAAGGGGAGAAAAUGUUUCCCCCUUUAAUUCAGUGAAUGUCAUUUAGAGGUAUUUUUAAAAGAUGAUUUUGUCCUCUUUAUUGUUAGUAAACACAUUUAAUACAACCUUUUAAGUCGGGGCACAAGCUGAAUAAUCGGUUAAGAGCUAAUGAUUAAUCACUGCAAUAAUCGUCGAAUAAUCGUUCUAAUAAUCGUUAUCAAAAUAAUCGUUGCAGCCCUAAAAGACAAUAAGGCCUACAUUUAGGAACAUUAACAUUGUUUGCAUAGUGUCAUUAUUUUGAGCACAUUUUAUAUAUACAAGUGUAUAGUUUAGGUGCUGUAAAGUGUGUAUUUGAGGUGUUUUUUUUUUGUUUGUUUGUUUUUUUAUUCAAAUAAAUAGUCCUGUGGUGUGACAAUUACAUUUUAAUAAAUAUUUCAUGUAGAGAAAAAAAGUUUAAGAUGAAGUAUCGCAUGUUAUGCUGCAGUACACUGCUGUCACUGUAUAACAUUUCAGUUAUACUUCCUAUCUUGCCUUUCUGAUUUAAAGAUACAGCAUACAGAUGUGAAUACCGGUAUACUAUAUUUAUUGUUUAAAUUAAUACCAUUCAAAAAGUAACUUUCUAUACCACAAAGCUCCAUAUUAACACAUAUUUAAUAAAAAUAUACAGCCAUUUCUAUUGCGGAAGAUGGCAUAGUCAUUUUCUGAUGUAUUAAGUUUGUAAAUGUAUUAUUAUUAUUAAUGUUGUCUUAUCCAGGGGUAAAUACUAUGGGAGGGUCACCAAAUUGUCAAUUUUUCAUUCAAUAUAGUAAAGAAACUUUACUGUUUGUUGUCCUCCUCUCAGCUGUAAAGAGAUUGAUGCCUCUUGAUCUUUUUUAUCAUUUUUAUUUAUUUUCUUUUUUACAUUUUUGGGAAAAAGACACAACAAUGGACUUUAUGCAGCUGACACAACAAUGUAUGGUGUGUUUUAUAUUAAAUUGUUUUGAGAAGCAGCAUUUAUGUGUGCUAUAAUUUGAUAUGCACAUCCAGCUGAAAAUGCAUACAGUUAUCAGAGUUAAAACUCACUAGAUGCAUCUGCUGCAGAUCUUUUGCAUGCACACUAUGCUUCAGAAAGAAACUGACAAAUGUUUGCUGUCGAAAUGAAAACUGAAAAACAAACGGCUUGAAAAGAGGAGAAAUCCUGGACAGAGUGUGUCAUGAAAGCAGCAGUGGAAAUUUCAGUUGCUCCCUGACUGCAGACAUCUUGUUGCUUUAUGUGGUGUUGGUGCUGGUUCCUCUCAGAGUAGCGUCACUUGCAGACAACAACUCUGACGGUAAACCAACUUUCCACUGUGAUUGUAAAUACCAUGCAAGAAUCUCUCUGAUCUGUCACUGUUUACUAAAACAAAGGGAAAUGGGUUUCAUUUAACUGAAUGCCUCGCAUAAGAUUGUAUACAACUCUGCUAAAGUUUGUCAUGAAGUUAGAGAGAAGGACUAUCACCACUAUUUAGUUAUGGGCCAGUUGUUUUGCAGAACGAAAUGCCCUGUUUGCUUUAUAGUAUGUCAGUUUAUUUUUUACCCAUUUUACGAUUCUUUCAUGAAAGGGGGAA